AUGUUCGGUUCUCGGUUCUGGAACCGAUACCGCGGUUCCGGUUCUCGAAUUAGAACCGAACCGGAAAGAACCGCGGUUCCGGUUCUCGACUUAGAACCGAAACAAAAAGAACCGCGGUUCCGGUUCCCGACUUAGAACAGAACCGCAGUUCUCAGUUCUCAGCUUAGAACCGAAAAAGAAUUUUUCAGGCACUAACAAUUCAACGAAAUAAGAUUCAUUUUAUAGUAAACGAAAGGAUUCUUUAGGCAAAUAUAUCUUUUUGCAGCUUUGUCAAUAGUGUGUUUUCAUUUUAUUAUAAGAAAGGCAAGACAAAAAGAUAAGGCAGAAGAAGACAAGGCACCAGUGUAGCUUCAAAGAGCACAUUUAGUAUCUCUGGAAAUCUUUUACAUAACAGAGGAAACAUGAAACGUGACGCAGUAAAAUUCUCUAUGUUUUUAAAAGAUAAACUAUAACGUUUUUUGUAUAAACUAUAACAACUGCACGCAAGC